AAACGGCAGACGACACAAGGACGCAGAGGAGGUGGGCACAGUCGAUGGCCGCGCAACGCUCCGGCGCGGCGGGCGUGGCCGCCGGAGCCGGCGACGACGACGCGGACCGAGCCCGGCUGCGCCAGCUCGGCUACAGGCAGGAGCUCAAGCGCGGCCUCGGCGUGGUCUCCAACUUCGCCUUCUCCUUCUCCAUCAUCUGCGUGAUGGCCGGCGUCACCACCACGUACAACGCCGGGCUGAGGUACGGCGGGCCGGCGUCCAUGACCCUCGGCUGGCUGGUGGUGGCCUUCUUCAACGGCUGCGUGGCGCUGUCCAUGGCGGAGAUCUGCUCGGCGUACCCGACCUCCGGCGGGCUCUACUACUGGAGCGCCAAGCUCGCCGGCGAGGAGUGGGCGCCUCUUGCUUCCUGGAUCACGGGCUGGUUCAACCUUGUGGGGCAGUGGGCUCUCACCACCAGCACAGACUUCUCGUUGGCGCAGCUCGUCCAAGUGAUCAUCUUGCUUGGCACCGGUGGAGCCAACGGCGGUGGCUACAUGGCCUCCAAGUACGUUGUUCUGGCCAUCCACGGCUCCCUCCUCGUCCUGCACGGGCUCAUCAACAGCCUCCCCAUACGGUGGUUGUCCUGGUUCGGCCACCUCGGUGCAUUUUGGAACACAGCAGGUGCCUUUGCCCUGGUGAUCAUGAUUCCGGUUGUUGCCAAGGAAAGAGCGAGUGUUGAGUUCAUCUUUACACAUUUCAACACGGACAAUGGCAUGGGGAUCCAUGGCAAGGCCUACAUUUUAGCGUUGGGGCUUCUAACGAGCCAAUACUCGUUGCUCGGCUAUGAUGCAUCGGCUCACAUGAUUGAGGAAACAAAGAACGCGGACUGGAGUGGACCGAUCGGGAUCAUCAUGUCUGUUGCUCUCUCGACCGUGUUUGGUUGGAUCUUCCUUGUAGCUCUAACAUCCAUCGUGACGAACAUACCAUACCUGCUAGACCCCGGCAAUGAUGCUGCCGGGUACGCCGUUGCGCAAGCGCUUUACACCGCCUUUCACCGGAGGUAUGGCAGUGGGGUCGGAGGGCUCGUCUGCAUAGGCAUCGUCGCGUUCGGCAUCUUCCUGGCGGGUGUUGCAUGUGUCGCCAGUAAUUCAAGGAUGGGCUAUGCUUUCUCGAGGGACAAGGCGAUGCCGUUCUCGCAGGUGUGGCACCGGGUGAGCAGGAACGAGGUACCUCUCAAUGUUGUGUGGCUCUGUGUGGUUGUCGCCUUCAUAAUGGCUCUCACGUCUCUCGGAAGCCAGGUGGCAUUCCAAGCAAUGGUGUCGAUUGCGACACUAGGGCAGUACAUCUCCUACGUGCUGCCCAUCUUCUUCCGUGUGACGACGGCCCGGAGGUCAUUCAGCCCAGGGCCAUUCCACCUAGGGAGGUACAGCAUUGUCAUCGGCUGGGCAGCAGUCCUCUGGGUGGCCUUGCUCACUGUGCUCUUCUCGUUGCCUGUGGCGUACCCAAUCGCCAAGGACAACUUCAACUACACGCCCGUGGCCGUCGGUGGUGUGCUACUGCUCAGUGUCGGCUCAUGGGUGUUCCAUGCCCGGUCCUGGUUCAAAGGACCCAUCGUAAAUGUUGACAUGUAG